GGAUGGAUUCACUGUUCCUACCAUCGCUGCCUAAAAACAAGGCAUCUGGGUUUUCCCAGCGUGAGAGGAGCAGAAUAAGUCAGUGUCAGACUACAAAAUGUUGUACAGAGCUAAGAUGGAAUAAAUACUGGAUUUCCAGACAGCUGAAUUUAGGAGGGAAUCCUGCUCGUGCUAGUGUUUCCCACCAAGAGGGAGAUGGUAUUAAUUCGUAAGUGUCGCUUCAAGUAAGUGGCAAGACCUCUGGAAACUCAGAAUCACUGCAGUAAUUAUUCAUAGUGAUUAUCAGGGCUCAAUUCAGUGGUUGGUAGAAACACUAGCUUUGCAUUUUCAGGCUGAUAGCAUGGAUAUCAAGUAGGAUUUUAUUUUUCCAGCAUAUAUGGAUUUCACUACAGCUGUGCCUUACCAAAGCUGGAGACUGAAGGAAACUGAAAUCUGAAGUGCGAUCACCAUUGGCAAUGCCAAGGAGCAAGGCAGUAAAAUAGGAAACAGCUGAAAUGAGUGUGGUGUCACAAUAACCUUAAAAUGUGGAGUGCUGCGACUUGGGGGUUGGAGUUCUUGUGCAGUAGCUGUAAAUGCCUGCAAAAGGCUGGAUCUUCUGACAGUCUGGCCUGUUGAAUGGCAAACCAGGGGAGCUCAUGGUUUUAACUUAGUGUUUUUAGGGACAGCACACAUGACCAGUUAUAAGUUGGGGAAGGGGGAAUGGGUGGGUGAUUGGUCUCUACUGUCCCCACAUCAAAUGCAUUUUGUGGUGUCAAAGAGCCAUGGUGAGACAGCAGCUGAAAUCAGGGUUAUUCCUGGUUAGUUUAAGCUCAGCUGGAGGAGUCAAAGAGGUAAAUGCAGUAAUGGCUGGGGGCUUGAAGGUGUGUGUGGAUGGCAACGAGGUAAAUCCUGAGUCCUAAAUUCAUCUGGCUGUAAGCAGGCUGGGAGUGAGCUGCCCUGCAGCUCUGACACUGAGUAUGUGGCAGCCCCUGGCUGAGCUUGCCAGCCGUGGGAAGCAGCUCAGAGCUGAACUUGCCUUAGAUCGGUGAAACUGCAGGGGGGAGAACUGUGAGCUACUGAUUUAUUUUAAAAUGUGGUUAUUGCCUAGUUCAGUCCCACUUUUGCCUCUUAAUAUGUUUAGAAUUGGGCUUUUAGUGGUGGGGAUGGAAAAAAAACCUGACUUGUAACUGUGGCUGUUGCCGAGUCUGUGCAAGCAGUCUUGCAGUUUGUUGCAGUCUGUCUUAGAAAUUCUUGGCUAACUUAACCCUCCAGAAACUCAAACAGCGUUCAGCGAGUGUGGAGUGGUUCUACGUAACUUCCUGUGAUAACUUGUGUUACAGAAGAGACGCAGAGUAAACCUCCAGGACCUAUUUAUAAUGCUCUGGGAAAGCGGUUGGUUUCGCUUUUCAACUCCUGAAUGAUCUCAGUGCAGGGACCUGAAAGUGGUGCUUUUUAAGAAAAUCCCUGCUUGUAAUGUGGGGUUUCCGAGUUCAGGGGCUUGUGGCUCUGAAAUCAGGCUUUGUACAGAGGCUCUGUUUGCUUUCUGCUCUAGCACAGCAUCUCAACGUGCUAAACAUGCAGGCUAGCUAGAACAGGCUCACUGACAGAUAGCGUGCCCCUGUGAAUCCUCCGAACAUGCGGCUGGUUACAGGCAAGCUUGGCUCUCAGCUGCUUCUGCAUGAGCAGAAAAGACUCCUAACUUCUCUUCAGUUGCAUUUUUCUGGUGCCAGAGCUCAGGAGGCAUCCUUCCCGUGGCAAAACACCAACUUUCAUUAAUUCUCUAAUAUUUGCUGUUGCAGGCAGGCAGACUGCCCUUUUCUAUUGCAGAGCUGUGGCUACAGAACAGGAUUUAGAAGUCGGAAACCAUCUCCCAGGGCCUAUCAUGUCUGCAUGGCCAUCGUGCACAGAGCCCAUGAAUGCUGGAUGGCUCAGCUUUCCCAGGGGUCUUCACCCAGCCCUGAGGGCUUCAUCUCAGGAUGUGGGAGCAGAGGGGCUGUGUCGGUAGGGGUGGGACCUGCUUCCUCAGCCCCCAGCCGUGUAUAUGGGGUGUGAAGAUGAUGCUGAUAAGCUGCUGGCAAGGUUUUUUAGAUGUCUAGUAACUAUACCUGUGUAGAAGACACGCGGUAGCUCCUGCCAAGAAGUCUUGUAGCUAGCCCCAUCCUGAGUUUUGUUGUUUCUUGCAUUUUUAAUCUUAGUCCUUGGGCUGUUUCAAGCCUUAGAUCUCCUGAAACUGCAUGUAAGCACAGGAAUGGGCUUGGGAAAACCCCAGUGGUCCCAAGAAGUCUGCAGCUACAAGGUGCAGCUCUUGAGGUGAAGUAAAUCUGCCCUGCCCUUGGUAAAUCUCUGCUCUGCUCCCAGUCCUGGGCAGCACGUUUUGGAGCUAAGCAUUGUCUCACUGCAGCAGCUGCUUAUUUCUGACUUUUGCAGCGGGGUGGUGAUAACAGGCGUUUGCCUGCUCUCUUGGAGCAGUGCCAUUCACGUAACUGACCUUAAACCAACGGCUAGGAUUGUUUAAGCAAAUCUUGAAUUGUUUGCUUGUGAGCGUGCUGGGGCAAAUUCCUGUGGUGGAAGGACUUGAUGCUGCCGUAACAUACCCACGUGCUGCCAGUAGCACAAGCAGACGUGCAGCACGUAAAGCCAUGUGAGCUGCUCAGCUUGUUUCAUGAAGUUGAACAGAAAACCUUCUGUUCUUGGCUCCCUGGCACUUUGGCCCGAUAAAAGCUGGGUUACAAUGCAAAGGCGUAUGCCAGUCUGUAAGUAAAACUGUAGCCAGCUGCUUAAUUGCUCAUGAUUGAAUUUGCCUGCCUGCUUAUGUUUCUGGGACGUGGGACAAAACCUUCCCAUACCUUGUCCUGUGAACAAGGGCAGCGACCACCUCCUGGGCUGGGUGCUCCUCAACCUGUCCAGGUUCAGCACUUUUUCCCUACUUGGCUGGCUUUUCCAGCUGCUGCGAGUGGCAGGGCAGCACAGCAGUCACAUCCAGUGCUGGGAUCUGUGCAGCCUCUGCACAACCGACUCAGCUCAGUCUUGCCCCACUGCUGUCUGCUGACCUCGUGCGUAUGGAAGGGCAACGCUUACCAUCCUGUCCCAUCGGUGUUUGGUUCAUCAGGUUGCACGGAUUUAUUAAACAGACACAAACAGCGUUCAGACGUGUUUGUUGUGGCAAGAAGUAUGAUAUUAAGAACCCCAGUAGACAGACCAGUUUUAUUCUCGCAAGAAAGGCAAAAAGCCCUGGAUGUGGUUAACAAAUCUUCCCUCUGGAAAGAUUAAAUUAAAAAUUUUGCACUGACGCACGUAAAACAGGUCUUUUCAUCAUGGCAAAUGGUUUUAGCCUCCUUCUGAACCCAGCAAGAAAACAAUAUCUUUGUCUUUUCACAUCUAUUUUGUCCUGUUGAACAACAGUUGCUGGAUGGUGCUGCAUGAAUCAGGAUGUGGCAAAUAUGUUUUGGCUUGUUCUCAGGACUGACCUGGGCUGGUAAGGCUCAGGCUCACAUUAAGUUUCCUAUUGACUAUCCAUAUUCACCACCUACCUUCAGAUUCCUGACCAAAAUGUGGCACCCCAACAUUUAUGAGAACGGAGAUGUAUGUAUUUCAAUUCUUCACCCGCCGGUAGAUGACCCGCAAAGUGGAGAGCUGCCAUCUGAGAGGUGGAACCCUACCCAAAAUGUCAGGACUAUCUUACUGAGUGUAAUCUCUCUGCUUAAUGAGCCCAACACAUUCUCUCCUGCCAAUGUGGAUGCAUCAGUCAUGUUCAGGAAAUGGAGGGACAGUAAAGGAAAAGACAAGGAGUAUGCUGAAAUCAUAAGGAAACAGGUUUUGGCUACCAAAGCCGAGGCAGAGAAGGAUGGCGUGAAGGUCCCCACUACGCUGGCAGAGUACUGCAUCAAAACUAAAGUGCCUUCCAAUGACAACAGUUCGGAUUUGCUUUACGACGACUUGUACGAUGACGACAUUGAUGAUGAAGAUGAGGAGGAGGAGGACGCCGACUGUUACGAUGAUGACGAUUCUGGCAAUGAGGAGUCGUGACCUGCUCCCUCUAUGCCCCUGUACUGCCCUGCCGACUCAGGCCAGAAGGGAGCAGCGGUAACCUAGCAGCAGUCCAGCAAAAAAAGUGUGGGGGGGGGAUCAAAAAACUUUUGUCUCCUGCUGUCUCCUGUUGUAUGGAUCUGUUUGCUCCUUUUUUAUGGACCUCUUAGAGACCCUCCACAGAAUGUCUGAAUUCUUGCAUUCUUAACCCUUUCAUCACUGUAUUAUGAUUUCUUUUUAAAAAAGAAACUCCCCUUUUCACUUCUCUACGAAACGCUCACAGCGAAACAGGUUUGCUCGCGUUUAGGUUCUUGAAUUCAAUACAGUCUUGCAUUGAGAUGUUUAAUGUAUUUAAAGCUGGAACAAACCCAUUGGAAGCUGGGUUUUUGGGAGCUCAAGUGCUGCAUUUACUGGGAAGAAAAAAAUCCACACAAAGCAAAUUGCCAAGGUUUAGCUGCUCCAUUUACAAUAAUAGCGUGUGUACAUUCGUUUAGCCUUGUGGUGGUGGCUUUUCCUUUUUAAGGUGUGGGGCGGAGAGUGUAAAGCUACUGUGUGUUGAGCUUGAUGGGAUGUAACUGAAAGGUACAGUAUUCCUUUUCAGCCUGCUCAAGUUAGGAAAUAGCUGGCCACUGGAGCCCCAGUGGGCACAAUCAGCUUUGUCUCUGAAAAAGGCUUGUGAUAUGAACCCUAAAAUAAACACGUAACACUUCACGUCUGUACAACUGAGCCCUGGGUUGCUAUUUAUUUUUUUUCAGGCUAAGUUGGGGUUGAAACAGUCCAGGUUAGCUGUGCUGCUGUGACCUGCUGCCAGCUGCCCCUCUCCAGAGGGAGAGCAGACGUGUGUCCUGCUGCCCCUGUGGCCAGCUGCUGCAGCCAGCGCUCAUCCCAAACUUGGCUCUGGCAUGGGGAAAGACCAAUAGCCUCCUGCCCCAGUGCUUGCUAGCAGCCUGUGCUUCCUGCGGCCCCAGUCCGGUGCUGGCCUCAGCCUUUUUUCUCUUGCUUGUGUAGGUCAGGUGUGACUGCCCUGCGGACCCAGUGGCUGCUGUGGUCCUGGCAGGGGGCAGAGGGGAAUGGGGGGGACAGGGCUCUCCCCAUGCCUCCCUGGCAGCCCCAGGGGGGCAGUGAGAACCCUACAGGGGUUGCCAGGCUUCUCAGCAGCAUGCUUCAACCCGUGCACCUGCAUGUUUGCGGGAGCUCCUGGUAGAGCUGGCAGCCCUCCCUUGCGGGCAGGGGCAUCCUGCAUGCUCUCUUCUGCAGAACUCUUCCGUGGCAGCCUGACCCUUUUGCAAUGUGCUCUCCUUGUUCGGCUGUGGUGCAGGGGCCUGAAUUCAGCUUUAGGAUGGGAUCUCAAGCAGCAGCCAGCCCUGCCUUCCCCUGCUGAGCCCUGGGGCUGCCAGGAGCUGCUGGCCCUAUGGGGUGAGCCUCUCCCCUCCCAGCGGUACAGAGGAAGUUACCUUGAUGAGAGCUGCUGGCUCAGGCGCUUACUUGUGCCCCCUCUUCAUGUAUCUCAGGGGUUUUCAUGGUACGGCACCAGCUGCAGGGGGGAGGUGGGAGCAAACUAAAUGGGGAGGUGGCUGCGGGGCUUGGGGAACUGGCUCUAGAGCUGGCUGAGAGAGAGCAGGGAGGGGAGGACGGCCCCCAGCACCUGGGUGCCUCAAACAUGGGUACACUCCCAUGCCCCUCCCGCCUGAGGGGGCCAAAAGGCAGCCCCAGUGGUGGCACCUUGUCCCUUAGUGCUCCCUGAGCACCCUGCUCAUGUGUUACCAGGGCAGUGGGAACCUCUCCUGCCCUGUCCCAGGGGACACUUUAGAGAGGCCGCUGCUCAUCCUCCAUGUCCCAAGGGCUCAGCGCUGCUGCCCCUGGCUGUGCUGGCCCUGGCGCUGCCCCAGGCCCCUGCUGCUUCCAUCUUGCAGGGAAAGCAGCUGGGGGCUUGGGGGGGGCAGGACGGGGAGCGGCGUGGCCGGGGCCCUGCUGAUGACCUGGUUUGAAAUGAGGAUACUGCAUCUUUCAGGAUCUCCCAUGUACUCUGGACCGUUUUCACUGUAUACUCUCCAGUGACUUGUAUUUUCAAGCUUGAUGUUUGUUGUAAGCUGCGUUAUCAUGAUUCUUCUGUUACCCUUUUCUAAAGACAAAAAAGAA